AGUCGUAUCUUACCCUACUACGAGCACGAGCCUCGUCGCCCAGGCGACGGCGCGCCUACUAUUAAUAUUAUAUCUCCUAUGUCAUUGAUAAAAGCACCGUUUUUGCGUAACGGGACCGACCGUUGUGUCAAUCGGGUAGUGCGUGCGAGGGAGACGGAGCACCCCCGCCCCGCCCUGGAGGUUCCACGCGCCCUCCGCUAGUCGGCGCUACGAGCCCGCCCUAGCACAACAUGCUGUUAUUAUAUCUUAUUCAGUACAAAUUCAUGUAAACAAACAAAACUGUGAUUUAAAAUUCUGACUGAUUGUGUUUUGUGUUGACACGGGCCGGUUGGCGUGUGAGUGACGCGAGAGAGAGUGAGGACUGAAGAUGCUAAGUCGGACGUUACGCUUCUUCAGAUUUUCGUAGACUAGACGUAGUAUUUCGAUCUAAUCUAGUCUUAAAUAAAGUAUAGUACAAAGCUAUCGAACUUAGCGCCUCGCGAUAACUUAUUUCAAACGCUUAACAUAGGUAAAACGGUUUGCCAAAUCGCCUCUAUUUUCCGUAAUAUAUUACAAGAUAGUGUUUAUCGAAGAACGUCCGUAGUUUUAUAGACGAAAACAAUGCCAGGGGUUCUCAUAAAGCAUCGAUAUCUGGGUGGUUGUGAUUUUUGGUGGGUAGCGUAGGCGGGCAUAGUCAUAAUGUGUGAAGAUAAGGAAGAGAUGCGGAGCGAGGCGGCGCGCGCGGUCAGCCCGCGGCGCCUGUGCUGGCAGCGCCGCCCGCCGCAGCCGCUGCCCGACACGCGCGGCCUCUGCUGCGCCAAGUUGCUUCGCAAGAACGGCAAGCCGAAGAAGGUGUUACUGUUCCCGGAGGAGGGUUGGGCGCGCAGCGCGUCCUCGUCGUACUGGACACUGCAGCCCUGCUGGUGGCGUAAGAGCCGGUGCAAGGUCGUCGAGGUAGCCGGCACGAGGAGGCACAGCACACACGCGCGGAUGGUGGUGAGCGGCGGGAACGCCGUGCACGUCGUCGGCACCUUCAAACACAUCGGCACCGACGCCGACUUCAAGUUAUACUUAACGACGAACGUGACGCAAGCGGACUUCAACAUGGGCUACACCAUGACGGGGACGCUGGAGCGCGGCUGCCGCUCCACCAACACCUUCCAGAUGACGCACUUCGCCGUGCUGCGGCGGUGCGACCACGACGCACAUCAUCUCAAGAACUCAUAAACGACAACACAACA